AGACUCAAACCUCAAUUCUAUUUUUUUUUUUUUUUUUUUUACUUCUUUUGAAUAAAAAAAAACAUGGUCUCACUAGAACAGCAGGAAAGAACCGUGUUUUUAAAUUCACAAUACCACGAUAACGCAGAAUUAAUACAAAGGCUUUGUGAGAGCUUAUUACAAGAUAUCCAGAUACUCAAUUUAUCACCCAAGGACUUGGAUGAUGCUAAACAAUAUAUUAAAGACAAAGGUAACAUGUUUUUUAUGUAUCUUUUUAAGCAACACCGACUGAAACAGAUAUAUACACACACACAUAAAAAAGUUACCAUCUUUCGGUUCUUACGAGAAUGUCAAUUUGAUUUCAAUAAGGCUCAUGAACGUCUACUAAAAACCAUUAGUUGGCGUAUUGAACAAGGCAUUGCAGAUCUCACCAUGGAUUCAUGUGUCGAGUUUUUUGAAAAGGGAGCACUUGCAUUCUACAAGAACACAGAUAAAUGCGGUCGACCCUUGAUAUGUGUUAGACUCAGGUUUUUCCCUCGAGAGUUUCGAGAUCCUACCAAGAAACUGGUUUACCAUAUUCAACGUUAUGCUUGUUUCAUGAUGGAAAUAGCUCGAAAGUUAAUGUGGGAUAUGACCUGUGAGCGUCAAAAGCGAGGUGAAGCAUGUGUUCUCGUUUCUCAAAUGACAGCCGUCGUCAAUCUUUUAAAAGCACCUAUUAUAGCCUUGGACGGUGAGAUUGUAAAGACAAUGGGAAUUAUUUUGGAUGGAAGGUUUCCGGGUAUGGUAGACAAAGUCAAUAUACUGAAUGCUAGUUGGUAUCAUAUGGGUGCAUGGACAGCUAUCAAACUCUUCUUGAGUGAUGAGGCAAAAAAUAGCGUCUGCUUUACAAACCCUAACGCAUUAAAAUCAAAGAUUGAUCCUGAUUAUAUCCUUCAAGAAUUGGGUGGAAAUGAUCGGUUUGAAUGGUCAAUAGACUCUGAUCAAAUACUCCAGAAAUACGGUUUUGGUUUACAACAGCAACAACAACAGCAGCAGGAGGAGGAGAAGGAAAGGGAAGAGGAAGAGGCACAAGAAGAAGAGUUAUCCAGAUCAAGCUCUGUCUUUUCAGACGAUGAAUUCUUUGACGCAACAGACUUUAUACAAGAGGAACAGCCGAUAGCUAUAGUACCCAGUUUAAUCAGUCAUACCUCUUUACCCGGUACUUUACACCAUACUUCCAAAUCUUACUAUGGCAACCUAUCUUCCUGGGCAGGAUUACGUAUGGGUGUUGACUUUUUAACGUCCUUUAUUGACACACAAAAGGGAGGUCAUCAUCAAAGACAAAAGAGAAUCUCUGCCAGUAUCGAUAAUCUAUACCAAACCUUUCCUCCUCCUCCCACAGAAGAAGAAGCUUCCUCUUCUGUGAUUGUUGUGAAUAGCACCAAACAACAAGAAACAGAGGAGAAACGGAUACGCAUGUAUUAUAAAAAAAUCAAGCAUCGUCUAUUGAAAGUAACGCUUGGAAACCAACGAGGGAUGAUGUAUUGGGUGUUGAUAUAUAUCUUUUUAAGAGGACCUGUGGAAUGGGUUGUACGAAAAUCAUUAGGACGUACUUCGUUGAAUAGUCAACGAAUACCGACUGCCACAAUGGGAAUUACAGCAGCUAUGGCAGCCAUUUUAAGCGCAUCUUUAUCAGAUAAAGUUGAGAAAUACCGUCGCUUAUAGAAAUUUCUUUUUUAUUAUAACAAAUUAAAAUACACCUGGUAAUAAACAUGCUCUUAUAGGAAUCUGUUUAAAUGUUUGCUGAUACCAUGCUCUUGUAUUGUAAGCACGGACCGCUAAAUAAGCAGCCGAUGCUACCUGCAGUAAAAGCACUAAAAAGUGUUGUGUCAUAAACACCAUGCCUAUA